UGCUGCUGCUGCUGCUGCCAGGGAGCCGCACGGGAGCGCACAGAAGGCACGGAGCGCUGCGGGACAUUACUGUAGUUAUUCACAGACACCUUUCAACUACAACGUCGCUCGGAGUUGGCUCAAGCUAUUUAAACAUCAACAAGUUGUGUGUUGAUGAGGAGUUGACGAGAGAGAGAGAGAGAGAGAGAGAGAGAGAGUCAAAGGGCGAGUGCGAUAAUCCGAGGAACAUGUGGAGCUUUUUGACGCGCGGGGGCCAAGUUUUGCGCCACUUGCUGUUGUGGCACGAGCGCGGUGAUUAUUUAAAAAGCGUUCUCAGUUCUGAGUGACUUUUAAAGUAGACUAUGCAGUCCCUUGAUGUGGCAUGUUUCCUGCGUUGUGUCCCCGUGCUCAGGAUUGCGACUCAUGGGAUGUAGUAAAUGGAGAGCUGCGCUCAACUUUGGACACCUGAGGGUGCAGUCCAAGCUGUCCGUCUUCUUUACCAUGAUCCUUCUCUUCACUUACCUCUUUUACUGCCUCAACGGAUACUGUGACUCAUUGCCCAGGCCAGUAUAUGACCAACAAAGUCAUUUUCAAAACAAAAUCCUCUUAAACGAUGGACACGAAGCGUCGUCGCCGCAGCAGCAGCAGCUCGGCGCGCAUAACGCGUCUCAGGUUGUCCGGGAACAGCUGUCGGACCUGUCGGACAGCGACGCUCCAUCUAACAACAUCUCUAUAGCGAAUAAUUUCGGCAGCAAAAAGUUCCCUCAGGCCAUCAUCAUCGGGGUGAAGAAAGGUGGCACCCGGGCUCUGCUGGAGUUCUUGCGCAUCCAUCCGGACGUGAGAGCCGUCGGCUCCGAGCCGCACUUUUUUGACCGCUUCUACGAGAAGGGACUGGACUGGUACAGGAACCUGAUGCCUCGUACUCUGGAGGGUCAGAUCACCAUGGAGAAGACGCCCAGUUACUUUAUCACCAAAGAAGCCCCUCGCCGCGUCUUCUCCAUGAGCCGCCACACCAAGCUCAUCGUGGUGGUGCGUGACCCCGUGACUCGGGCUGUUUCUGAUUACACCCAGACUCUGUCCAAGUCCCCCGGGCUCCCGUCCUUCCAGAGCCUGGCCUUCCGAAAUGCCACCACAGGCCUCAUUGACACAUCUUGGAGUGCCGUGCGCAUCGGCAUCUACGCCAAGCACCUAGAGAACUGGCUGCGCUUCUUCCCGCUCUCACGCCUCCUCUUUGUCAGCGGCGAGCGCCUUGUGACGGACCCAGCAGGCGAGAUGGGCCGGGUUCAGGACUUCCUGGGACUCAAACGGGUGGUAACAGACAAGCACUUCUACUUUAACCAGACCAAAGGUUUCCCCUGCCUAAAGAAGCCCGAGGGGAGCAGCAGGCCGCGCUGCCUGGGGAAGUCAAAGGGCAGGCCCCAUCCCCAGAUCUCCUCUGAGGUCCUUCGUAGGCUCAGAGACUUCUACAGACCCUUCAAUCUAAAGUUUUACCAAAUGACCGGCCACAAUUUUGGUUGGGACUGAACGGCUACUCGCUAAAGCUCUUCAAAACUGUUAGUAGCAUUGUUGUUGUUCAGCCAACUGCCAAAACCAGCCAGGACUAUCUGGAAGAAAUUCAGUGUUUGCCAAAGCUUUUACUCUGCAGCGUAUGCAUUUCCUUCAUUUCUUAAGCUAUGAAAGCACCUGCCUUCCUCCAGAUCGAUAACAGCCAUGCUAACAACGUUUGUGAGAGCUUUGAUCCAUUUGAGCCACUUUAGCAAGCAAUGCUAAAAUAAAGCUUGUGAAAAGCGCUGGUUGCUGCCACCAGAAAUAUGCCAAUACUGCAAAGAGAUGCCUUAAGUUAAAUCAAAUGGCAGAAGAGUAACGAGCCUUGACAGCCUGGCAAAGCUAAGAUAAACCAAAUGACAUAUUGGAGCUUUUUGAGGGACAUGACACGGGAGCUCUGCUAAAUAAAAACAUUUUUAAAAAUUAAAAAAAAACACAGACUGCAAGGAAAGAAGCAAAGGGUUUUGAAUUAUGCACAAUGGCACAAUCAAAAUAAAUGUAAAAGUGGGAUUUUGAGACAAAUAAAUUGUUCACAAUCAUUUAAUUUCCAUGAGCGUUGUACAGUUCGCCUCUGUCAUGUUUACAGUGUAUGCAGUUAUUUUUGUUUCAGUUCUUUUAAUGCAAGCUCCUUUUUUCGCAUUAUCUUUGAUAAAAAAUUGAAGAUGUAGCAUAUGCAGGAGGAUACCUGGUACUGGUGAAAAAAAAGCUACCAGAAAUGUAAAACACAGUCCACUAUGUGCUGUAAAUUUGCUGUUAUUUAUGCUGCCAAUACAACGCUUGUAUAAAAUGUUCCCUACAGAUGACACCUGUACAUCUGUGAUUGUUUUCUACUUCAUUUAAACAACACUCACCUCCAAAAACGGUACUUACAUGCAACUGUAUAUUUCUAAAAGCUUAAUUUAUAAGAUGACAAACUAUUGUUGAGAUGUUUUCUCUAAGUCUUUUGUAUUUGAACUUCAGCUGGAAGUUGUGACUAAAACUUUUAUUCUGAAA